AUGAAACGAAAACCUAGUCUUCGAAUGGUAAUGGUGGCUUUAGUGGUGUCACUUGGUGGCUCAUUUCAUUUCGGUUACCAACUGGUGAUCACCAAUCCUGCUCAAGUUAUACGCCUUUAUGCAAUUUUUAAACGAAUCUCUUCAAUCCGAACUUCAUAUCAAUGCCAGCGACAACGCUCUCAAAUUUGGAGCUUGAUUGUCGCCAUAUUGUUUCUUGGUGCACUUGCUGGAUCUUUUUCAAUUCGAUUGAUAGCCGAUCGAAUCGGUCGGAAGCAAGGGCUUUAUGUAUCUAUGGUUAUUGGAUGUGUUUCUGCAGGGCUCUCAGUAGGGUCCAAGUUUAUUCCUAGUGUUAUAAUGUAUUCAGUUUCACGAGUAACAAUGGGUUACUCCGUUAGUUUGAGUUUGGGUCUCGCGGCGUUGUUUCUCUCAGAAUCA